AUGGGCCAACGGCCCUUCCUUUCUGUAGGAGGAGCAGCUGGGGCAGGAGCCAUGCUGCUGUGCUAUUUGGCCCUCACCCUCAUAUUGCUGGCAGUUUCUGGCAUCAAGUGUGAUGUGAAGGAAGUUUGUGCUGGAAGCCCUGGCAGUCCUGGAACUCCGGGAUCCCAUGGCCUGCCUGGCCGAGAUGGGCGAGAUGGUAUCAAAGGAGACCCUGGACCUCCAGGCCCCAUGGGCCCCCCUGGAGGAAUGCCAGGCCCCCCUGGCCGUGAUGGGCCAAUUGGAGCCCCUGGUGCCGCUGGAGAGCGUGGAGACAAGGGAGAGCCUGGCGAGAGGGGCCCUCCAGGACUUCCAGCUUAUCUAGAUGAGGAGCUCCAAACCACACUCCACGACUUCAGACAUCAGAUCCUGCAGUUGAUGGGCGUCCUCAGUCUGCAGGGGUCCAUGCUGGCAGUGGGAGAGAAGGUCUUCUCCACCAGUGGGCAGUCGGUUGAUUUUGAUGCCAUCAGAGAGUCAUGUGCCAGAGUUGGCGGCCGCAUUGCUGUCCCGAGGAAUCCAGAGGAGAAUGAGGCCAUUGCAAGCAUUGUGAAGAAGCACAAUACUUAUGCCUACCUGGGCCUGGAAGAGGGCCCCACCCCUGGAGACUUCUACUACUUGGAUGGGGCUCCUGUGAAUUACACCAACUGGUACUCAGGGGAACCCAGGGGUCGUGGCAAAGAGAAGUGUGUGGAGAUGUACACAGAUGGGCAGUGGAAUGACAAGAGCUGCCUGCAGUACCGACUGGCCAUCUGCGAGUUUUGA